UAUUAUUUUUUAUGCCUCGCACAUUCCCAGCGACUCCUCUGGCUGUGCAGCCGGUUUCUCUUGUUCAGAAUGGGAUGUAUUGUUGCGCAGCGCACGACAAGUGUCAGCAAUUAGACUGUGUGUUUCUGUGUGUUACCUAAAGGCCUGUUUUAAAUACUGCUUUCUACCUGUAAGUGGCCAUUGUUGUGGAAAAGGACUCUGUGGCGAAAAAAAGGACAAACGGUGCACCCUUGGUUUCUUCCACCCAGUGUGUGUGAACAUAGAAAUAAAUUACGCACAACAUGGUGGAGCCGGUGGGAUUCAUCGAGGCAUGGAAAGCGCAGUUCCCGGAGUCUGAACCCCCAAAGAUGGAGCUGCGGUCCGUUGGGGGCAUUGAGCAGGAGCUGGAGAAGUGCAAAGCGUCCAUCAGGCGCCUGGAGCAGGAGGUGAACAAGGAGCGCUUCCGCAUGAUCUACCUGCAGACCCUCCUGGCUAAAGAGAGAAAGAGCUAUGACAAGCAGCGGUGGGGCUUCAGGAAGACACCGCUGAGUGAAGGCAUGGACCCUGCAGCCACACAAGGCGCGGAGUGCCAGUCCCAGCAGCCGCACAUGCAGGAGACUGGUGGAGUUGGAGUUUCAGGGUAUGGUGGUGGUGGUAGUAUGGACAGGAGUCGCUAUCAGCCGCUUGGAGAUGGAGCUGGAAGGUCCAAACCCAGGCCUCCACCAGCAAGGAAGUCGGCCUCCCAUGGAGACGGCCUGGAGUCAGCCUUCGAGGUACCCCAGCAGGCUGAGUCGACAUCCUGUGACAAUCUUGAUGGUCUCUCGCCAUCCAAGCAAAGAGGCGGCAUCUCCGUGUCCCCACGUAGACUCAAUGUGCCACCCCCUGAAAAGGAACUGCCCUCUGACCCCAAGGAUAAGCUCGGGAUGGGACUUGGUGUUGCAGCUCUGAGGUCCAACUUUGAAAGGAUCAAACGGGCCAACUCGCACUCUGCGGGGGAUGUAGCGAAAGGCCAAGAGAAGCAGCUGCCGCCACCUCCGCCACCUUUCUACUCGAACAUGGAGUUCCACCAUGAGAGGGGUCUGAUCAGGGUCAACGAUCGUGAAGUCUCCGACAAGAUCAGCUCCCUGGGCAGCCAGGCCAUGCAGAUGGAGCGAAAGAGAUCUCUUCACUCACUCCCAGGUAACCUUGCAACGGUGGCAGGGGAGCUCCGCGCCAGGCCAGUGUACAGAGGACGAUCCACAGAGAGCACCUGUGGCUACGAUGCCGAAUAUGAAGAUGGAGAACCCAACCACUACUUCCACUUCCACCGCCACUUGCCAUCUCCACCACCACCUUGGCAGCCCUCCGAGUUCCAGGCGUACUCAAGUGUCUAUGUCGGUGGGGUUAUGAUGGGCGAAGGUGGUGGUGGAGAUGGCAGAAGUGGCGGUGGAAGUGGAAGUAGUGGAGUCACAAUGAGAGACGUUGGAGGAGGCGAUGACCACCUCCUGACCUGGCCUCGUCGCUCCUACUCCCCGGGAAGCUUUGAGGAUGUCGGUGGAGGUGGUGGCUACACACCGGACUGCAGCUCCAACGAGAACCUGACGUCCAGCGAGGAAGACUUCUCCUCAGGUCAGUCCAGCCAUGUCUCACCCAGCCCCACCACGGCCUUCCGCCGACCUUUUAGAGAGAAGAGCCGCUCACCAUCCCAAAACUCCCAGAACUCCCAGCACUCGUUUGACAGCAGCAGCCCCCCGACACCGCAGUCCCAGAAGCGUCACCACCACCGGCAGCAGGGAGGCCAUGUGGUCAUGUCCGAGGCCACUAUUGUGAGCGUUCGCAAGACCGGUCAAAUCUGGCCACCUGCUGCUCAUCAUGACCUCGUGCCCCAUGGUAGAACAUCCCAUGAUAACAGUUACCAUGGAGACCACUUAGAUGGUCAUUUCACUGGGACCCCUCCCACGUACGGAUACGAUGCAGACCGCGCAGAAGAGCAGCGAAGGCACCACGACAUCCUGCCGUACAUCGAUGAUUCGCCGUCAUCUUCACCGCACCUCAGCUCCAAGAGCCGCAGCAGUCGGGACACCCUAUCCUCCGGAUCGUUAGAGUCCUCCAAGUCGACUGAAUGUGACCUGGAAAAAGGUUUGGAAAUGAGGAAGUGGGUCCUGUCUGGGAUCUUGGCCACUGAGGAAACAUACCUCAGUCACCUGGAGGCACUGCUGCUGCCUAUGAAGCCUCUGAAGGCCGCGGCCACAACGUCGCAGCCUGUGCUCACUGUGGCCCAGAUAGAAACCAUCUUCUUCAAAGUGCCUGAGCUCUACGAGAUCCACAGGGAGUUCUAUGACGGACUUCUGCCCCGCGUCCAGCAGUGGAGCCACCACCAGAGAGUCGGUGACCUCUUCCAGAAACUGGCCAGCCAACUUGGAGUUUACCGAGCAUUUGUGGACAACUAUGAACUGGCUGUGGAGACGGCAGAGAAGUGCUGCCAGGCUAACACACAGUUUGCUGAAAUCUCUGAGAACCUAAAGGUCAGGAGCCCCAAGGACUCUAAGGACCAGACGGCCAAGAACUCUUUAGAAGCUUUGCUGUAUAAACCAGUGGACAGAGUGACUCGCAGCACAUUGGUACUUCAUGACUUGCUCAAGCACACACCCACCAGCCACCCGGAUCACCCGCUUCUGCAGGAUGCUUUGCGGAUAUCACAGAACUUCCUGUCCAGCAUUAAUGAAGAGACGACGCCCCGACGGCAGUCGAUGACCGUCAAGAAGGGAGAGAGCCGUCAGCUUCUGAAGGACAGUUUCAUGGUGGAGCUGGUGGAGGGGGCCAGGAAGCUGCGGCACGUCUUCCUCUUCACUGAUCUGCUGCUCUGCGCCAAACUGAAGAAACAGAUCGGAGGUAAAAACCAACAGUAUGACAGUAAGUGGUACAUCCCCCUGACCGAGUUGACCUUCCAGGGCCCCGAAGAGACCGAGCCACUUACCAUCCCCCAGGUCCCUGAUGAAGAGCUCGACGCCAUGAAGGUCAAGAUCUCACACCUCCGCAGUGAGCUUCAGAGAGAGAAGAGAGCCAACAAGGGUUCAAAAGUCAUCGACCGUCUCAGGAAGAAGCUGUCUGAACAGGAGUCUCUGCUGCUGUUAACAUCUCCGAGCAUGCCCAUCAGAGUCUACAACAAGAACGGCAAGAGUUACAGUUUCCUGAUUUCAUCCGACUACGAACGUGCAGAGUGGAGGGAGUUACUGAAGGAACAGCAGAAGAAAUGUUUGAAAACUUCUUCCUUGACUUCCAUGGAGCUGCAAAUGUUGACCAACUCCUGUGUCAAACUGCAGACCGUCCACCACAUUCCACUUAGCAUCAACAAAGAAGAGGAUGAAUCCCCCGGUCUCCACGGGUUCCUGAAUGUAAUCGUCCACUCUGCCUCCGGCCUCAAACAGAGCUUAAAUCUCUACUGCACAUUGGAGGUGGACUCCUUUGGCUUCUUUUCAAAUAAAGCCAAGACGAGAGUGUAUCGGUACACUACUGAACCCAAAUGGAACGAGGAGUUUGAGAUUGAGCUGGAGGGCUCUCAGACCCUGAGGCUGCUCUGCUAUGAGAAGUGUUACAACAAGACCAAGCAGAACAAAGAGGAUGGAGAGAGCACAGACCGCAUCAUGGGGAAAGGACAGAUCCCGCUGGACCCUCCAACUCUCCAAGGCAAAGACUGGCAGAGAACGGUUAUUCCCAUGAAUGGGAUCGAGGUAAAACUUUCCAUGAAGUUCACCAGCCGAGAGUUCAGCCUAAAGAGGAUGCCCUCACGGAAACCCAUGGGUGUGUUCGGAGUCAAGAUCUCCACAGUGACCAAGCGAGAGCGCUCUAAGGUGCCCUACAUCGUCCGUCAGUGCCUAGAGGAGAUUGAAAGGAGGGGCAUGGAGGAGGUGGGCAUCUACCGGGUAUCAGGUGUGGCCACUGACAUUCAGGCCUUGAAGACCGCCUUUGACACCAAUCAUAAAGAUGUGUCAGUGAUGAUGAGUGAGAUGGACGUCAACGCCAUCGCUGGGACCUUGAAGCUGUACUUCAGAGAGCUGCCAGAACCACUCUUCACUGACGAGCUCUACCCCAAUUUUGCAGGCGGCAUCACUCUGUCUGACAGUGUUGCCAAAGAGAGCUGUAUGUUGAACUUACUGCUGUCGCUGCCAGAACCCAACCUGGUUACAUUCCUUUUCCUUUUGGAUCACUUGAAGAGGGUGGCAGAGAAGGAAAGUGUCAACAAGAUGUCUCUCCACAACCUGGCAACAGUGUUUGGGCCGACCUUGCUGAGGCCUUCAGAGAAGGACAGCAAGAUCCCUGCUAACCCCACCCAACCCAUCAGCAUGGGCGACAGCUGGUCACUGGAAGUCAUGGCGCAGGUCCAGGUGUUGCUGUAUUUCCUCCAGCUGGAGACUAUCCCCACACCAGAUAGUAAACGACAGAGCAUCCUUUUCUCCACUGAAGUAUAGAGCUAACACUGACUCUGUUGACCAUAAAGGAGUGAAAAAGAGACGGACUGUGGCUCAAAGUGAGCCUGUAGUAGUAUGUUUUUGAAUUGACUGAUCAGAUUUUGUGUCUCUCUGCGUCCCUCAAACACAAGAGGGUGCUAUUGGACCUCUGGAGUUCAGAGGAUGUGCGGCCCUUGACGUUCAUGUCUCUCAUUAGCUGAUAUUUAGUAUGAUUCCUUGUACCUUCAGUGACAAUGUGGGUACAGCCCCCAUCUACAUUUGUCCACUGUGCUCUCUGUCGAUCUUGAACCUUUACAGCUUGUUGUGGUUCAUAAAUCAGUCCAUAAGAGAACAAAAUACGCCUUUCUUGAUUCUUGUAUUUGUUUGCCAACAGAUCAUGUACCUUUGAGUUUGGGCAUUUUUUCCAAUAUGUGUUUCUUUUGGACAAUCAGCGACUCACAGCAAAAUAUGCUCAUUCAUCAUCAUUGCUUCAUGUCCUGCUGAGGAGAAUUCUAACCGUGUCUUACAUCAUCUCCGUGCAGCUUUCCUGAAAAGACAAGAAGAGACCUUUGUGCAGUUUUGGGGAGUUAAAAAUUAACAUCCAUCACUGCCAAGAUAUUUCUUUGUGUCAGGAAGCCAACACUUGUUUGUGAAGGUGUUUACAGCAUAAACAAACCAGUCAGACACAAACACUACAGUUUGAAGAGAGACAGUAAGACUACAAAAAAGGACCCCUGAUGAUUAGUAAUAACACUGCAAUCUGACUGCCUGCGGUUUUUCAUAGAAGCAAAUUUCCUCUUUUUGUGUUGUAUGGGUUUCAAGAUAGUCUUCAGCUCGAAUAUCCGGGAAGCAAUAUAUUUUCUAACAUUGAAUUGUCUGCGUUCAUAUCUUUGCUGAUGAAAUGUCCUUCUUAUUGUAACAUAGGACAUCUUGCCAAAUUAAUAUUGUUUGUUUGUUUUCAGGAGAAAAGGAAGCAGUUGUAUUUACAGAUACAGUAUGUACAUAAUCUUAAAGUUGUAUUUUUUUUCUUUUUGUUUAACAGUAUAAUCAUUGUUGGUAUUAUUGUAAUUUAUUUUUUGGGGGGGGUAAAUCGGUUUGUUUUUCUAUGUGAACUUUUUUUCUGUUUAAGAAAGUGGUAGGUCUUAGCCUUGACUUCAAGUCUUGCAGUAAAUAAGCAGGAUUUAGCCUUGUUCUUAUAGAAACUACUCAGCUGUUCUGUCCAGCCUAUUCAUUUAGAUAUUAUUAUGAAGGGUAACACACACCUUGUAGUUACAUACUGUAUGCUGCUGUGGAAAAAAGGCACAAGCUCUUUAACUGCUGGGUGUUCCUCGGCAGAACGUCUCACAUCCAGAGACCGUCGCCUGUCUAGUGUAGACAUUAUGCAAUGUCAUGAUAGAGCACACACACUCACACACAAACACAUAUGACAUUGUGUCUUUUUGUACCAUUUAAUCUUUGGCUGCAGAAGUGCACUCAUGCAAUGUUAGAACUACUGUAUAACAAUUCAAGUGACCUGAGUGCUCAGCAUUUAUGCCCAUAAAAGAGCAUAUCAGUAGGUUUUAAUGAGGGGAUAUUAUUUUGUUUCAACUUCCCCUAACAUCUUUUUUAUUUAUCUCACGAAUAUGGCAAAAUGUCCUACUUAUUCUUUGUCCCUUUAAAUGUUCUUCAUCCCCUUAAAGAGUAUAUUUGUUUGUUUUUUUUCAGCAUGGACCCUGUUUUCCCAUGUUCAUGUUUAAAUUGGUCCAGCAACAUCUUAACAGACUGCAAGGGGCAUGUUCGCAUUGUCAAUUUAAGGGGCUUGUUUUUAACACUGACAGGCUCAAAUUAUUAUUAGAAGUGUCUGACCACAUCAGAAAGGAGAUAGAAAAGAGAUUGAACUUUUUGUUAAAGAGCAGGAUCCUUGUUGUUUAACUAUUGCUGAAAUUACCAGACUGUAUUUAAAUAAACGUGAAUUUAUCAAUUAAAAACACACUUAAUUCAAAGUCAGCAGGAAUAAAUUAAAAUUCUCAAAAGCCAUCUUGGUUCGUCUUUCCACAGUUUCAACAAUCACCAAUUCUGGUUUGGCUGAAAUUAACCCUUACAUUACCCAGUAAGAUGUUAAAAUAUGCCUGCUCUAUACAUGCUAAAAUGACUGUUUAUUUACAUGGAAUCUGGUCUGUUUGACCUGUCUGUUUGGGAUGUUUCUGGUUUGACAAAAAGGAUCUUACUCUUUAGCAAAAAGGUUUACAUCUGUAGGGAUCCUUUAACGCCAACAUCAUUUAACGCUGCACAAAUGUCCCAAGCGUUGACAUUGCAGCUUGUUUCUUUGCUGUAGCCUUCUCACUCAAAACUGGACCAAUUUCAAAACUUCUUUUUCCCAUUAGUAGUAAAGUCACAAAACAUGGGAAAAUAUGGUCCAGGUUGCAGAGGUUACCCUUUGAGCCUGAAGGUGUUCAACUCAAUGGCCAAUUUAAAGAAAAUCUCUUAAGAUACUUGUUUUUUUUUUAUACAACAGAUGCAUAUCUCUCAUCUUAAUUUCUGUCGUUGAUUUAACAUGCAGGCAUGUUUUAUUGAUUUUUUUUUUUUUUGCUGUCAUGUUUGCAUCACUGUCUUUGGGAUGUCGUUAACUGGUUUACAUUAUAACAGCAUAUCCUUUUUCUGGCCAAUUUAAAAAGAUUGUUGCGCAAACAAUGUGAACUUAUCAUUUAAGGGUAAAUAUCAUGCUUGGUUUCCCAUAUAAAACUAUAACCCAUUGACCAAUUUAAUGGAUCUGAUAAGGGCUUGUGUGUGGUUGUGUCCAUGUCUAAGAUAACGUAGGAGGGGCGUAUAUGAGUAAAUAUUAUAUAUAACAUGUUUUAAGUUUUUAAAUGUCUUCAGACUUACAAAAGAAGGAGUUUUUCCUUUUGAAUACAUAUCAGCUCUCAAAAUCGUAAGACACUUACACUCAUAUGCACAUAAUAAUACAGAUUAACACACAAUUUUUGUGUCAUCCCCAUAAAAAAAACAAGAUUUUAUUCUGAAAGUCUCCAUGCCUUCAGUCCCAGUUUUUACUGUAGCAUGCACACCUCGUUUCAUCAUUUUUAUGUAAGGAUAUGAGACAAAGAAUGAAUGCACCAUUCAUUCAUCCGUCACCUAUAUUACAAGUCCUGAUUGCCUACACAACUCUACCCUAUCGUGCCUCGACACUUUUUUCGUUUAGCGCCUGAAACGUUAAGUCUCCUGUUGCCUUUGCUGAGGACAGCCACACACUCUAAAGACUAAGACAGGACCUUAAGCACGGUCUUAGCUCAUGUUGUACACGCCCGUUCUACUCGCCACCUUUGUCUGACUGUGAUGCUGUAACUCAAGUCAGUCUUUACGGGGCAAAGGACAGAAUUUCCUGCCUGUGUCCUUGUGUUUGGCUCCUUUAAUGCCUUUUUAUUUUUAUUUAUUUAUUCUUUGUCCCUGCUUGGUUUAAGAAGGUCUACUGGAUCUAUUUAUUUAUGAUAUAUCACCUAAAGCUAAAUUAAUGUUAAAAAAAAAAGGUCUUUGUAUGGUGUGCUUUCUUUGGGAAAAUGUAAGUCUUAUGUUGCAGUCUGUUUAGCAAACAUCCUGUUAAAAGUAAAAACUAUUUGUCACUA